AAGAACCCACCACACGACUGGAUAACCGCUUUAGGUUUUGGUGGAAGGAUAUUGUGUGAAGCAGUGAAAGGGGAAAAUGACGUAGAUAUGCAUACUGCACAUGUAUUAAACCAAGUAUUGCCAUUGUUUAUUUCUGGAUCUCCUGAUUAUUCUGUAGAAGAUUCUCUUGUGCACAACUACUUGUCGCAAAUGCUUUUAUCUAUUUUUAGCAAAGACGGUCGCUUUAAGAUUAAAUGGUAA